AUGUCCGGUAAAGCGUCAAAGACGAUCUUCACUGAUCAAGAUGUUGCAAUGGGAAAUGCAUUGACGCAAGUUAUAUUUAAUAUUUUCCAAGAGGAGUUCUUAGCAGCUGGUGCCAGUCAAAGGAUCAUUGGUUGUAGUCCCAUCGAUGGUAACGGAGGCUGUGUUUACAAAGUCGUUGGUGAGGAUGGGAUGCAACGCGACGUGAUGAGGAUAUCAAAAGAUGAAUUGUUAUGUUCUUGCUGUAAAUUUGAAAGGGAGGGUAUUAUGCGCAGGUAUAGUUUGAAAAUCCUAAAUGACUCCAUGUUCGCUAAUACAUUGCCUCGUCGAUAUAUAUUAAGAAGGUGGACUAGAACUGCUAGAAAUGGCAGCAUGGAGGAAAAUCUUUCCAGUGAAGUGAUUGCCGAUGCUGAUCCAAAAAUUGAGGUUAGGAGACGGCACAAGGUACUUUGUCGUAUUGACAGAAAUUUCGUCUAUUGUAUCAGAGGAUAA